GAUUUCAACAGUGCCUGAGCAGCCUCUGAACCAUGAGAGAAACCAAUGUGUGUUUGAGAGAGAUGGCAUGUGUAAUGUGUAUGAACAGCUCCGACAUUCAUUUGGACAAAAAUGCAAAUAAAAAGAGAAACUGGAGGACUCGAUUAAGCCAUUUACUAAAGAAGUCAACUUCACCAAGGAAUAAAUUGAACAAGCCAACAACUGAUGAGUUGGACCAAUGGGCCCAGUCACUGGACAAACUGCUGAGUAGUCGAUAUGGGAGAAUCGCCUUCGAAGUGUUCUUGAAGUCAGAGUUUUGUGAGGAGAACUUACAGUUUUGGCUUGCCUGUGAAGACUUCAUGCAGAUUAAGUCACCCAACAAACUUCCAUCUCGGGCCAGAAGCAUCUAUGAGCAGUUCAUCAAAUGUGAAUCACCGAAAGAGGUGAACCUGGACUUCUACACCAGAGAUGCCAUUGAACAGUCCCUACACAACCCAUCUCUCUCAUGCUUCCUUGCUGCCCAGACUAAAGUGUACAGCUUGAUGGAGAACAACUGCCAUCCUCGCUUCCUCCUCUCCUCUCUCUACAGUGACCUUCAAACAGCAGCAAGGCAGAGGGAGCCAUGUUUGCACAUCCAAACAAAACCUAGAGAGGACAUCUGUAGCUAAAUGGACUUUUCAAAUUUUGGGGAGCAUUUGACAAGAUGUUCUGCAAAGACUUACCAGCAACUGGUGGACUUUUUGUUUGGGGUAACAUUCCCAAAAUGAGAUGUUGACUGUUUUGCUAUGAGAGGGAAAGAGCUCUCAAAGGACAUUUCCCCUCUUGCCACUGUUGAAUGUGGUCUGUGAUCAGUUGAGUUAUGGCAUGAGACCAGACAACAUUUAAUCCAGCAAACAGCCCUGCAAAAUGUGUUUUUGUGAUAUAAUACGUUUAUUUAUUUAAUAUGGAAGGAUUUUGAAGGUGACUUUGUUGAUGUAAAUACAGCCAAGUAUGUAUGCUUUAUAGCCAAGUAUGUAUGCUUUAUCUGUUGCCUUGUCAUAACUACAUAGAUGUAUGCUAUUUCCAUUGCACCAUUUGGCCACUUUCUUUACAUAAUGUUUCACAUUUAGAUCAAGAUCAACAGAGUUCAAGUUUACACUCACCAGGGUCAGUGGUAAAUACUUGCUUGCCAGUGCCACUUAAGAGGACACAAGGAGAGUUCCUUUUAUGGUUUCCCCCACAAUCCUCCUGAUCCUACUGAGGCAGCUGGACUGCCAGAGCACUUUUUGGAUGAAAGAAGUUUUAUGUUUGGACCUGACUGUAUUUUUACCAUCAAUAAAAAUUUGUAAUUGUAA